UAAUUGGAGCCCGAUUUCUUCUUCUUCUCUAACCUAGAGAGUGUUGCAAGUUCUGCAACCUGAAACAGAGCACCGAGAACAGGGACUGCAAAAUUGUUUUGUGGAAAAGGGCAAAUCUGAUAAAUAACGCCGAGUUUAUAUAGAAUCGAUUCACAACUGAACGUAGAAGCUAGGAAAUGUUACUUAAAGUAAAAUCGAUUUCAAUGGACUGAAUCGCUUUCUAAAAUGAAAUCCAAACACCUUCACAUCUUGCUGGAAGUGCGUCUGUUCAUUUAAACGCGCGUUUAGCGCUGCUCGAUGUGGAACCAAACAAGUUAUCGAAUCAAGCAAUAGGAAGCGCUGUGGUGAGUGAGUAGUGUAGGGUUUGAGGAUGGGUCGUAGUUUGUCACGUUCACCUUCGUAUAGAAGAAGACACUCUCGUUCUCGAUCUCGAUCUCGAUCUCCUUCUCAUCAUCGCCACUCUCGACGCCGCAGAAGACAUAGAAGCAGAAGCUCUUCUUCACUCUCUCCUCCUCCCAAAUCACGUACUCCCAUUCUCAAACACAAAAAAGACCAUCAAAUCACUCUUAACAAAACUAGCAGCAAGCGUCAACACGAGGAAGAAUUAAAACUGCUGGAAGAAGAGACUGCGAGAAGACUGGAAGAAGCUAUCAGGAAGAAUGUUGAGGAGAAGCUUAAUUCAGAGGAAGUCAAAUUAGAAAUAGAAAGGCGUGUAGCAGAGGGCGUAAAGAAUUUAUUUGAUGAUGUUGAAGUUCAACUUGAAAAAGAAAAGCAAGAUGCUCUUAAUGAAGCUAGGAGGAAAGAAGAACAAGCUCGAAAAGAGAGAGAAGAGUUGGAUAAGAUGCUUGAAGAGAAUAGGAGGAGAGUGGAAGAGUCUCAGAGAAGAGAAGCUCUAGAGCUGCAACGGAAGGAGGAGGAACGGCAAAGGGAAUUAGAGAUGAUUCGGCGACAGAAAGAAGAGUCUGUUCGGAGAAAGAAGCUGGAGGACGAAGAACAUGCUAACCGGAUCAAUUCUACGGGUAAGAACAAAUCUAGGGCUAACUCGUACGGUUUGUAAUUACUAUUAUGCGGUGUCAUUUUGUACCCCAACCUUAUCUGUACAACUGUACCCUUGUUAGAAGCCGUAUGAUCUUGAAUGAAAAUUUGAUACUCCUACAGUUGAGCUUGCAACUUUAUUACAACUUACAAAAUUAAAGAAAUUUGAAAAUGAUAGUUUAUUUGAGUACUA